AAAGAAUUAGUUAAGCUUCUCUAUUCAGCAGCAGCAAUUUCACCUCAGUCAGUUUGUCAUCACCCAAAACAAAAGCACAUGGGAACAAAAGAUGGUUUGCUGUUUAUUGCUUUUUGGAGAUUUCCAUAAGAAAAGCAAAUAUGGGCAGAGAAGCUGAGGAAUAAAGUGUCUGCAGGACAAAGUUCUUACCUACAAUGUAAAAUUUUCUUUUUCCUUAUAGCAAGAUGCAAUAGUUUUAAGGUGGAACUUGGACAAAAUUGAACUCAGAUCUGAACUGAAAGACACUGGCAGUUUGAGUGCUUCCAGUUCUUCUGGGCAGAAAAAAAAAUGCCAUUCAAGCCUGAAAAGUCAGAUAGAUAAGGCCAGCGUUUGCAGAAGGCAAUAUAUCUACAAGGUGCCACACUUAUCCCUAAUUUCUUCUCCAAAGAGAAGAGAGUAAUCGGGGAUCUCAGACCUUGGAAAAAGGGUUGAUUUGAAGUAGUUGGGGAAAAGCACAUUGCUCCAUCGAGGUGGUAAGGACAAGUUUAUUGCAGCUGGUUGCUUAGCAGGUACUUUGGUUUUUCAUGGAGUGCUGCAGGCGUUUUGAUAUAAGGGUUCUGACUGUUGGCUCUGACAUGGCCUUCAAUCUGUUUUCUUCAAGGCAGGAAUGAGGUUAUGUGUAUUCAGUGAGGGGUUUAGCCACAGGGAAGAUCUGUCCAUUUCAAUAUAUCACUCUAGCUCUUUAGUGUCUGAGCAAUAGCUCUUACUUUGGGAGUGCUUUGGACUGGCUUUAUUGUUUGUCUAGAUCAGAGGGUAAUAGCCUCUGUGUUAGAAAAAAAAAUGAGGUUAUGGGCAACUGCAGAGGAAGAGAAAUAAUGAAAAAUGUUCUUGAGUAGACCACAGGUGAGUAGAAAAUGCAUUUGAAUGCAUAUAUUGACAAGAACCCUGUGGAUUUAAUGAAUUCCCCAGUCCCAAUGCUGUUGACACCUUUUCCUUAGCACAUUUCUCAACUUUUCCCUCUUGCUUGAAGGGGGAAGGACCCUCAGGACUUCACCAUUUCUGUCAGUCUCAGCUAGUUUCUUUGCAGUGUAAUUACUGUACAGAGAAAGAGCAGUCAUGAAAAAAGAAGGAAGAAAUCAAAGUGAGAUGAAAAUGAAGAAAAGCAGGCAAAGGCAGACCUUGUCCUCUCAGAUGAGAGUGACUUGUCUGCUGUUUUUGGUGUGGAAGAUGAAGCUUGGGUGCUUGUUUGUGUGAACCCUAAGCCUGCCUUCCCUGCUUUAAGACCUUCUGCUGGACAAGAGGGAGGUGUUAGAUGUGUGUUAUUCACCCGUCCCCUUGUUCCUCUCAGUGGUUUGCAGGCUGGCUUGCCCAAGUGAAAUGUGUUGGCCGUGCCUGUAACGUGCAUGGCAUUGCUGCCUGGGUAGUAGACAUCAGUGUGUUUUAGAGCUUGGGCUCUGGCUGUAUCUGAGCUGUAACCAAAUUCUUUUCCCAGCACAAACAGAUGCUCCAGCAAAGUCACCGACCUGGAGCCAGCCCAGCAGACACUGCAGCUACUAUGGAUGUGGGUGGCAGUGAGAUGGUAGCUUUGUAAACUAGCUUUAUUUUUAGGGGCCAGGCCCAUGGGACUGGUGAGGCAGGGAAGAUGGCCAACAGGGAAAGAGUUUGACCUGUGCAAUUUGUGCAUUGUCUUCUUCAUGGCAGAAUGGGAGACUUUUCUAGAAGGCAGAGUGGUGUGAUCAGUACGUCCUACCUGUGUGCUGUCAUACUUUCUCCCAGAGGAAACAGUACACACAGUGUAGGGCUCUACCCUGGAAUUGGUAUGGUAAUGUGUGUAAAUACAUUCAGGAGAUGGGAAGGAGGAAAGGAUGCUCUGCUUGAAGAGAGAGAGUGUCUUGUCCCAGUGCAUGAGCUUUUUCUGCCUGAUGUUUUUACCUUGGCAAGGUUUUUUUUUUCUAUUUCACAGCAGCAAGGCUCUUCCCUUACCUCGCUCCAUGCUCUGCUUGCUCCAUCUGUGUGCUUGUCUUUUGAUGUCAGUCACGCUAUCUGAUUUGUAAUGAGGAAACAACGCCUUUUUUUCUGUCGCAUCCUUCCCCCAGUCCUCUGAACACCUCAGUGCAGAAGGAUUGAAUUUAGCCACGGAACAGCAAGCUGCAAAGCAACCUCUCUGGGGCUCUGUGGAGCAGCUGGCAUUUGAGAAAUAAGAGGCAAUGGGGAACAACGUCUUUGGGGAUCACAGCAGUCAGCUGUUACACUCAUUUGCUCUCCAAGUUUAUGACACAAGGAUAGCCAGUGCUGUGUGAGACAAAUGCACUGUCACAUCUUAAAAGCUGGGAAGGUCUGUGUGGGCUUUUCUUCCAUUCAUUAACCAGCCUUUCUCGUUGUCAUGUUCUCGUGCUUCAAAUGAGGAGGCACGUUAGAUGGUCACCUAGGUGGUUCUGCUUAUUAUACCUGAAUCAGCUGUGAUCAGUUGUCGCAGUGCUUCUGGGAGUGCUGCUGUCAGACUACAAGAGCUGCCUCUCAAAAACCCAGACAUGGUUUUCUCCGUAGGCUCAGGACAUCCAAGUCAAGACUUCUGGAGGUGGUGUCUUGUUUUGCUUGGUCCAUUUGACAAUGGAGCUGUCUGAGACCUUUCUGAUCAGGUGUUUUUGGGGCUGCACUGACUUUACUGCUAGGAGAUCUCAGUGCUUGCCCUGUGAUUGUCUUACCAUAGGAACAUAGCUUUGGCACAAUUUUUAUCAAGUGGUACUUUUCCUAGAUUCAAUGUCAAAUAGCUACAUCAGGAUUUAACCUGGAUCUCACACAGCUUUGAUGGCGACCCUCUGCUUUCCAGCUUUUUCCUCUUUUCAGUUGAUUCCUGCUGCUGUCUGGUUUUGCAGGGAAAGGGGAGAUGGGUUCUGUGGACCAUGGAGGUGUCAGCCUGAAGGACACUGUGUUGGCUGAGCUGUGCUCUUGCUGAUUUAUUCAUGUGUCUGGCUCAGCUGUCUGCAUUUGCUGUUGCCUCAGGAGGGAUUUGAAACCUCUCCUUUAUAGACCUCAAAGGUAACAGUAGUAAAAGCAUAUUCUGAGACACAGUACAGGGACUGAAGGAGAGUGUGGGCACACACGGGGUCAUAUCUCUGUCUUUUGCUAUUCCGCGUUCCUCCAAUCCACAGAAGAAUUUUUCUUCAAGGAAUAGACUUUUCAGAAUCUCAGCUUUCACAUGUGCUGGUGGUUCUCCUGAAAAUGAUGGCUUGCAUUUGUACUGCCUCAGUCCUUAAGCACGAAAAGAGACAGGAGCGCAGGAAGACAGCCGGCAGACUUGGCAGAGACAUCUGUCAUUUCACAUAACACCCAAGCUUCCUAAAGUGGGUCAGUAACUUUGGAAGUCACAGACAUCUGGAAACGGCAGUGACACGGAUGAAGUCUGCUCAGCCUUCAGGCUGGCUUUUAGGCCUGUUCAGACAGAAGGGAAAUGGUUGGCAGGAGGAGCACCUGCAGAGCAUGAGUUAGCCAUCCCAGUGCUCAGGAUCCUGCUGGACCUGGCUAGCUGAUGCAGCCUUUUGGAGCUGGAAAAGUUCCAGGCAAAGAAACAGGAUGCACAGAAACAGUGCUUUUGGCAUUGUUCAUGUCAGGUGCUGAGGACUAAAAACACAGCAGCCUUUUCUCUCCAAAGAUCACACUGGAGGAAAGCCAGUGUAUAUCAGGCAUUCACAGUUUUUUCAGCCUUCAGGAUUACAGAUUAAGUCAAGUUUCUUGUUUCUGUGCUAGGUAGCCUCUGGCUUCAGAGGCUCCAUCAAAUUUGAGACUGGGAAGCAUUUCCUACCUAAGAUCAGAAUUUACUUUCCAUGCCUCUGUUACUAAACUGAGCAGGAAGCCUGGUAGGAAACACUCCUGGAAGUAUUUGCCUGUAGGAUUUGGGUACCAGUUCAGUUAGGAAUGUACUGAUGUUUGCAAAACUUUCUUUUCCAGAAAGAGUAAACUAGUGGAUCCUGGGAAAAGCUAAUCCCCUCUGAGUUUGUGUCCAUUAACCAUGCUUGUGGCAACUGCUGUUACUCAAUUGAUUACUGUUGCUGGUUGCUCCUUCGCUCUUAUUAAAUGGCAUUUUCUGAUUGCAGUCUGCUAGAUGGUUUCUUGGCUUUAGUUUUGCUCGUGUAAUAACUCCUGCUUUCCUGCCAGCUCCAAAUUCACUGCCUGGGGUAAUGCUUUUUGGCUGUUCGAAAAUGGAUAUGAAAAGGUAUCCAUUUAAUUACACAAUAUCUCAGUAUAAAUUGCCUGCAUGCAUAGUGUGGGAGUCUGUUCCCUGCUGCAAAUUAGCUUCCCUGCUCUCUGUCCAUUUUUGUUGGGGAGAGGUGGGAUCCGUGUUCUACUGAUGCCAGUGCUGGUUUUUCACCCUUAUUUGUGCUUACCCCCAUAUCCACUGGCAGAGAAGUUCUGUAGGAAACCUGAAUGCUGUUUUUGGAGGAAUGUAUCUGUGAGCAGUGGAAUUAAUAAAGCUUUUUGUCCUGUACUGCUGGCCCUUCCAGUUGAAUUCCUUGGGGGGUCUGUUAGGGUUUAUUUGGAUGUUGUAGCAGCGUGAAAUUCCUCUGAAGACUCCCAGUACCUAAAAGGUGUUUGAGUUGAUUUGCUAUCUUUUCUAUCUCCAAGACUCCUUGGUAAUAGGAAAUUAUUUUUCUCUCCAUCCACCUGUUUCCAUUACAUUAACAUCCCUGAAACUGUUUCUCUUCUGUCAGAUUUAGUAGAAAUUAUGCUGUGUAACCUAGCAUAUGUGAGCACAGAAUAAAUUUUCUUGUUUCUGUAGCAAGCCAGGUUCAAAAGACUUUUUUUUACCUUGCUGGUGUUCUGGGGUGGGUAGGAUAAAAAGCCAUCCACACACAGAAAUGAGGUGUGGAGCAGAUCUGUCUGCCUCUGCCUGUUGCUGACUGGGGCCUCAUGUGCUGAACUAAGCCCGGUUUUCAGUAAUUGCUGUUCCCAGAACUCAGCAGGCUGGAGGCGGGUGGAAGGAAGAUAAACAUCAGAGUUCAACAUCCAGACAAACACAGCAGAGCACACAAUAAAUACAUCCACCCCGAAAUGCAAAAACAUCAGAGGAGGUUCCUGCCCCCAGGGCUCCGAGCAGAGCAGGCUCAGGCAGGAGAGCAGCAGGAUGAGGUGAGUGCUGUCACAGCAACCUGCCUGCUCCUCUGGCCACCUGGGCCUGAAGAGGCACGAGUGCUGCUUCUCUUGCUAGCUGUGCUUUGUGGUGGAGUAAACAGCAGCAUUGUGCUGCAGAAAAUGUAUGGGAGGAUCACAUCUCCUAACUUCCCCGGUACCUACCCAAAUCACAAGGAGAGAACGUGGAAUGUUACCGUCCCCAGAGGAUAUGCUGUCCGCAUCUACUUCACCCACUUCAACCUGGAGCUGUCCUACCAGUGUGAAUACGAUUACGUGAAGCUAAGCUCCAAUGGGAAGACCUUGGCCACGCUGUGCGGAAGGGAUAGUACUGACACUGAGGAGGCUCCAGGCAACAAAACAUACAUCUCUACUGACAACACCCUCAUGGUUGUAUUUCGGUCUGACUACUCCAAUGAGAAGCCGUUCACGGGCUUUGAGGCCUUCUAUGCUGCUGAAGAUAUCGAUGAGUGCAAACAGCUGUUUGACGGUGAGCCCCUCUGCAAUCAUUUCUGUCACAACUAUGUGGGGGGCUACUAUUGCAGCUGUCGGAUUGGGUACAUACUGCAUGAGAACAAGAGGACGUGCACAGCCCAGUGUCAGAACCAAGUUUUUACUCAAAGAACUGGAGAAAUUGCCAGCCCUGACUAUCCAGCACCUUAUCCCCCAUUCAGCACCUGCAGCUACAGUAUCCAGGUAGAAGAUGGCUUUCUGAUCACAUUGGAAUUCGUGGAGACCUUUAAUGUGGAGGCACACCCUGAGGUGCUGUGCCCCUACGAUGUACUCAAGAUUGAAACACACAAAAAGCAGUUUGGCCCAUUCUGCGGGAAGACUUUGCCUGCAAAAAUUGAGACACAGACCAGUGUUGUAAAUAUUACUUUCAUAACUGACAUGUCAGGAGCACACACUGGAUGGAAGGUGAAAUACACAGCAGCAGGUUUGCCGUGCCCCAGUCCUGAAGCACCACCCUAUGGCCGCAUCGCACCAGUGCAAGCACGGUACACCGUGGGUGACCACUAUGUGCUCUCUUGCGACGUUGGAUACGUGCUGCUUGAAAAUGAAAAUGUUGUGAUGUCUUUUGUAGCAGAAUGUCAAAAGAAUGCUUCUUGGAACAAACCCAUGGCAAAGUGCAUCAUUGUUGACUGCGGCCAGCCUGCGGACAUAGACAGCGGCGCCAUUGUGUACCUCACGGGGCCUGAGAAGACAACCUACAGUGCUGCCAUUCAGUACCAGUGUGCAGCCCCCUUCUACACCAUGAGGGCUGACAGCAGCGGUAAAUAUAUAUGCAGUGAUGAUGGAUUUUGGAAGAACACCAAGGGAGAAAUAACACUGCCUGUCUGUGAACCAGUCUGUGGGAUGCAAAGAACUGGAGCUGUAGAACGUAUUUAUGGAGGAAGGAGAGCCAACCCUGGACAAUUUCCAUGGCAAGUGAUGUUAAUUACUGAGCGUGGAGAAUUAGGAGGUGGUUCACUUUUGUAUGACAGCUGGGUUUUAACAGCUGCUCAUGUUGUAGCUGAGCAAAGAAAUCCCUCAACUUUAAAGAUUAAACUGGGGAUUUUGAACAAAUAUUCAGUUCACUAUGAGGAAGUCCAGGCAGAAGAAAUUUUUAUUCACGAAGGUUACAAAAAUGAUCUUGUCAAUUUUGACAAUGAUAUUGCAUUGAUUAAAUUGGAACAUAAAGUCCCCGUGAGUACCACUAUCUCACCCAUUUGUUUACCUGGAAGAGAAGAAAGGUUUCAAAUGAAAGCCAACGACACAGUAACUGUAUCGGGUUGGGGAAGAACUGAAACCAGGAGCUCUUCUGUGGUACUGCUGUACACUGAAUUGAUGAUUAUCAACCAGAAAGUGUGUGCAGAUGCAUAUGCAGGUAAAUCACACAACGGCAACCCUCUUGUGGUAACAGACAACAUGCUGUGUGCUGGAGCUGAGGAAGGGGGCAGAGAUGCCUGCCAUGGCGACAGCGGGGGGCCACUCGUGCUCUUGGAUGUUCAGACCAGAAAAUGGUUUGUUGUUGGUGUUGUGUCCUGGGCUUUAGACUGUGCUGUGGCAGGGCAGUAUGGGGUCUACACCAGAGUAACGAGUUACAUUCCUUGGAUUGAAAGCAUCAUUGCAAAUAACUCUUAGUCGAUUUUUACUGCUAAUUCCUACCAGCUUUUCACUGGUUCUUGGAUUACAUUACGUAGACUAUUUAAAUACUUCAAAAACACAAAAUCCUGCAUGUUUAUUAUUAGGCUCAACUGUUCUUUAAAACAAAACAAAAAAAACGAACACUUGAGCAUCAAUUUUCAUUUUUGUUCUGUCCCAGAAAUUGUUAAAAGACCAUUAAGCAUAUGGCAACUUUGUAAAUUUAAAUAAACUCGAGACUUUUAAUUACUCUUUAAAAACUCAGUAAGAUCUAUUUUGUUUUCUUUUAAAUAGCUUUGUGGAUUCGUGUAGGACUGCGGCAUUACCAGCUAGCUUUGAACGAACACGUCCAGAGAAAGCAGGCAGAGCAGCACCAAGGUACCUUAAACCACUGUAGUGGAUGGGUAGUUGAAGAGUCCCAGUAGCCCUACGUACCUGGGGAGCACACGUACAGAGAAACCUCUCAGGCUCCCUAGGUUACUGCUGUACUGAAGUGCGGCACAGCUGCACAACCGUAACCUUGAAGGCCUUCAUGCUGUCAGCUGUAGAAACCAUUUCUCUUAAUAUAGCUUUAGAACAGAACAAGCUUUCACAUUUGGGUAUAUAAAAUACAUAAUAUCAGUACAGUCAAGAACUACUUGGAAGUAAGAGUUAUGCAUGUUCUGCAGUAAUUGGUUUUUAUCAAGCAUGCCCAAAUGGUAUAUCCUUAUCUGAUAACGUAAAGAGACUGUCUCUCUGUUAUCUCACAUUCUCUUCUGAGCUGAGUUAUUCUAGAAAUACUGAAGCCUUCUUAAAAAAAACAAGACUGACCACUUCAAUAUGUAAUCAAUAGUAUUUUAUUUACUCGCUUAUAAACACUGGAGUAUGCAAAGCAGUUAGAAAAUAGCACUAAAACUUGAAAACUCUUCAAAAACCUUCAACGAUUUUGCUUGAGGGUCAGGAAAGUCUGAAGUUAUCAGAGGACUACUCAGCACCGCCAACCCACCUCUUAAAGCCUAAACCUGGGCUUAAGACAAUUGAAAAAAAUAAAAAUAAAGCCAUGCUAAUCACAAAAACUUACCAUAAAGUUCCUUGCAGGGAUGUCACAGUUAGUCUUUGGAGGUCCAAGAAUACCAUUUUUAAGUGUUACUCAGCAGAAGUAGCUGGUAAUAGUGCAAGUGCUAAAAUGCAAAAUUCACAAUGGUACAGAGUUUGGAUAUUAUUCUGACUUAGGUGCAGAAAAAAAGACUUAAGCAACUUUUUGCAGUGGGAUAUGAACAAGCACAGGAUUAAUUUUCAGCCUGUUUUUUGCAACCCCUCUUCAAACCACUUAAGGUAUACACUGAGAGCCAGCUGAUUUAGUAUUGCAAUUAAAAUGGAAAACUAACAGUAGUGCAGCUGUUUAGAUGGUCUUCUGUUCACAAGCGUUGAUACUCAGUUCUAACUCAAAUCUGUUACAAACUGUGUUAACAUCCACACUGAAGCUGCAUAGCUACAGCACAGUGGUACAUUGCGUAAAAACAUGGAUCAAGCUUUAGUGGGUUGCAAGUGCAAAUAGCUUCAACAAUUCUUCAAGUUCCUACCACCAGAGGAAAUAAUCUUCCAGCAGUUUGCUCUGAAAGAUCCUGCUCUUUGUUAAGAAGCUGCCUCUUAUUUGGCCCUCUGCACUCGCAGUAAAUCCAUUUUUUUUCAGGUAAAGCUUCUGUCAAACUCAUGUACAUUCACUAAUGCUUUAUUUAGCUAGGAAGUCUUUUCUGUGACUAAUUCUGCGUUUAUAGUCGUCUUCUGAGCUGGAAGUGUCACAGAGCCCUACUUCCCACUGGUGGACUGCUCUAAAAAUACACCCCCACAGGAGGUGCUGUGGACGUCAGCACAUCUGACAGUGUUUGUUUCCCCUCCAUCACACUUCUGGUAAGAGCCCCUACUCCUCAAAAUAGAAGUAACUUCCCUUGGUACAGAUGCAAGGUGGAGGGAACUGCUUACCAUUCUAGGUGCGGAUACCCAAACUUGGGGAACUGGAUUUUAAAUAUCUACGUAUCGCUGAGCAAUGCAAAAAUGCAGUGGGUUAAGUUGGGUGUCAGGUAGCGACACGUGGUGGCUCCAUUUGACUUGCCAACUUUUAGAGCAUGCUUAUCUGAAACAAGCUGAAUUGCUGCAAACAAAACUUUACAGAAGUUCAUCUCAAAAGGGUAAAAUUAAUUAACUGCUAUGAAUUCUUUGCAUUCAGGGCUGCAAAACAAAGACACAUAUUACUUAAAUCAGUUUUAUUUAAGAAUUUCCUACAGUGACAAAUCUUAUAAAAAGCAUCCAAACACGGAACUGCAGCAAACAGCAUUCUUAAGGUAUCUUACACAGCAGAGCUUCCACCCUCAAGAGGCACACUGAGCUCACCAGUGAUGUGCUGCAGGAGCUACUGCCACGCGCAUCACAAGCUCAAUGUUCUCAUCGCAAACCCCACCAUCUUCAAUUCACGUUGCCACACUUACAGAUCAUUAACAGAAAAAAAAAACAA